AUGGUCAGACAGAACGUUGUCGGGGAGAACAUAGUCAGGGAGAACAUUGUCAGGCAGAACAUUGUCAGGCAGAACAAAGUCAGACAGAACGUUGUCAGGCAGAACAUAGUCAGGGAGAACAUUGUCAGGCAGAACAUAGUCAGUCAGAACAAAGUCAGACAGAACGUUGUCAGGCAGAACAGUCAGACAGAACGUUGUCAGGCAGAACAUAGUCAGACAGAACGUUGUCAAGCAGAACAUAGAGAGAACUUCGUAAGACAGAACAUAGUCAGGCAGAACAUAGUCAGGGAGAACAUAGUCAGGGAGAACAUUGUCAGGGAGAACACAGUCAGUCAGAACAAAGUCAGACAGAACGUUGUCAGGCAGUACAGUCAGACAGAACGUUGUCAGGCAGAACAUAAAUAUAGAGAGAACUUCGGAAGACAGAACAUAGUCAGUCAGAACAAAGUCAGGCAGAACAAAGUCAGUCAGAACAAAGUCAAGCAGAACAUAGUCAGUCAGAACAUAGUCAGUCAGAACAAAGUCAAGCAGAACAUAGUCAGUCAGAACAUAGUCAGUCAGAACAAAGUCAGUCAGAACAUAGUCAGUCAGAACAUAGUCAGUCAGAACAUAGUCAGUCAGAACAAAGUCAGUCAGAACAAAGUCAGGCAGAACAAAGUCAGGCAGAACAUAGUCAGUCAGAACAUAGUCAGUCAGAACAUAGUCAGUCAGAACAAAGUCAAGCAGAACAUAGUCAGUCAGAACAUAGUCAGUCAGAACAAAGUCAAGCAGAACAUAGUCAGUCAGAACAUAGUCAGUCAGAACAUAGUCAGUCAGAACAAAGUCAGUCAGAACAAAGUCAGGCAGAACAAAGUCAGUCAGAACAUAGUCAGUCAGAACAUAGUCAGUCAGAACAAAGUCAAGCAGAACAUAGUCAGGCAGAACAUAGUCAGUCAGAACAAAGUCAGUCAGAACAAAGUCAGGCAGAACAAAGUCAAGCAGAACAUAGUCAGUCAGAACAUAGUCAGUCAGAACAAAGUCAAGCAGAACAUAGUCAGUCAGAACAAAGUCAGUCAGAACAAAGUCAAGCAGAACAUAGUCAGGCAGAACAUAGUCAGUCAGAACAAAGUCAGUCAGAACAUAGUCAGUCAGAACAAAGUCAGUCAGAACAAAGUCAAGCAGAACAUAGUCAGGCAGAACAUAGUCAGUCAGAACAAAGUCAGUCAGAACAAAGUCAGGCAGAACAAAGUCAGUCAGAACAUAGUCAGUCAGAACAUAGUCAGUCAGAACAAAGUCAAGCAGAACAUAGUCAGUCAGAACAUAGUCAGUCAGAACAAAGUCAAGCAGAACAUAGUCAGUCAGAACAAAGUCAGUCAGAACAAAGUCAAGCAGAACAAAGUCAGGCAGAACAUAGUCAGUCAGAACAAAGUCAGUCAGAACAAAGUCAGUCAGAACAUAGUCAGUCAGAACAAAGUCAGGCAGAACAUAGUCAGUCAGAACAAAGUCAGUCAGAACAUAGUCAGGCAGAACAUAGUCAGUCAGAACAAAGUCAAGCAGAACAUAGUCAGGCAGAACAUAGUCAGUCAGAACAAAGUCAAGCAGAACAUAGUCAGUCAGAACAUAGUCAGUCAGAACAUAGUCAGUCAGAACAAAGUCAGUCAGAACAAAGUCAGGCAGAACAAAGUCAGUCAGAACAUAGUCAGUCAGAACAUAGUCAGUCAGAACAAAGUCAGUCAGAACAUAGUCAGUCAGAACAAAGUCAGUCAGAACAAAGUCAGUCAGAACAAAGUCAGGCAGAACAAAGUCAGUCAGAACAUAGUCAGGCAGAACAUAGUCAGGCAGAACAUAGUCAGUCAGAACAAAGUCAGUCAGAACAAAGUCAGGCAGAACAAAGUCAGUCAGAACAUAGUCAGUCAGAACAUAGUCAGUCAGAACAAAGUCAAGCAGAACAUAGUCAGUCAGAACAUAGUCAGUCAGAACAAAGUCAAGCAGAACAUAGUCAGUCAGAACAAAGUCAGUCAGAACAAAGUCAGGCAGAACAAAGUCAGUCAGAACAUAGUCAGUCAGAACAUAGUCAGUCAGAACAAAGUCAAGCAGAACAUAGUCAGUCAGAACAUAGUCAGUCAGAACAAAGUCAAGCAGAACAUAGUCAGUCAGAACAAAGUCAGUCAGAACAAAGUCAGGCAGAACAAAGUCAGUCAGAACAUAGUCAGUCAGAACAUAGUCAGUCAGAACAAAGUCAAGCAGAACAUAGUCAGUCAGAACAUAGUCAGUCAGAACAAAGUCAAGCAGAACAUAGUCAGUCAGAACAAAGUCAGGCAGAACAAAGUCAGGCAGAACAAAGUCAGGCAGAACAAAGUCAGGCAGAACAAAGUCAGUCAGAACAUAGUCAGUCAGAACAUAGUCAGUCAGAACAAAGUCAAGCAGAACAUAGUCAGUCAGAACAUAGUCAGUCAGAACAAAGUCAAGCAGAACAAAGUCAGGCAGAACAAAGUCAGGCAGAACAAAGUCAGGCAGAACAAAGUCAGGCAGAACAAAGUCAGGCAGAACAAAGUCAGGCAGAACAAAGUCAGGCAGAACAUAGUCAGUCAGAACAAAGUCAGGCAGAACAAAGUCAGUCAGAACAAAGUCAGUCAGAACAUAGUCAGUCAGAACAUAGUCAGUCAGAACAUAGUCAGUCAGAACAAAGUCAAGCAGAACAUAGUCAGUCAGAACAAAGUCAGGCAGAACAAAGUCAAGCAGAACAUAGUCAGUCAGAACAAAGUCAGGCAGAACAUAGUCAGUCAGAACAAAGUCAGGCAGAACAAAGUCAGGCAGAACAAAGUCAGGCAGAACAUAGUCAGUCAGAACAUAGUCAGUCAGAACAAAGUCAGGCAGAACAUAGUCAGUCAGAACAAAGUCAAGCAGAACAUAGUCAGUCAGAACAAAGUCAGGCAGAACAUAGUCAGUCAGAACAUAGUCAGGCAGAACAAAGUCAGGCAGAACAAAGUCAGGCAGAACAUAGUCAGUCAGAACAUAGUCAGUCAGAACAAAGUCAGGCAGAACAAAGUCAGGCAGAACAAAGUCAGGCAGAACAAAGUCAGGCAGAACAUAGUCAGUCAGAACAAAGUCAGGCAGAACAAAGUCAGUCAGAACAAAGUCAGGCAGAACAAAGUCAGGCAGAAAUAG